CCGAGGCUUGGCGGCCCAGUGGUUGGGCGUCCCUGAAGCCCCUGGAGGGGUGGGGCGGGGUCGGCCGGGACCUCCUCCCUCAUUCCCUCGCGGGCCGAGCUGCCCCUCUCUCCUGCCCCUCCUCCUCCCUUGCCCACCCCUCGGAGUGGAGCUGCACAUGCGGCUGCUCCCUGUUCCGUCCCGCCCAGACACCGUCGCGCAGGAACCGGUCCCUGCAGCCCCCAGCCGAUGGCAGAACUGUAGCCGCCUGUCAGGGGUCGUGAACGGCUGAGGCAGACGCAGCGGCUCCCGGGCCUGAGAGAUUGGGUGUCUCCGGAGGCCAUGGGCUACCCGGAGGUAGAGCGCAGGGAACCCCUGCCUGCAGCAGCGCCAGGGGAGCGAGGGAGCCAGGGCUGCGGCUGUCGCGGGGCCCCUGCCCGGGCGGGCGAAGGGAACAGCUGCCGGCUCUUCCUGGGUUUCUUUGGCCUCUCGCUGGCCCUCCACCUGCUGACGUUGUGCUGCUACCUAGAAUUGAGGUCCGAGUUGCGGCGGGAGCGGGGAACUGAGUCCCGCCUUGGCGGCCCGGGCACUCAUGGUACCUCUGGCACCCUGAGCAACCCCAGUGGCCUCGAACCUGACGGUCCCAUCACUCUCCACAUUGGGCAGCCGUCGCCGCAGCGGCAGCCGUUGGAACGGGGAGAAACCACACUCCCCCCUGACUCUCAGGACCUGCACCAGAUGGCCUUGCUGAAUUUCUUCUUCCCUAAUGAAAAGUCGUAUUCUGAGGAGGAAAGCAGUCGUGUUCACCGCAACAAAAGAAGCAAAAGCAGUGAAGGAGUAGAUGGACCAGUCAAAAACAAGAAAAAGGGAAAGAAGGCAGGGCCACCUGGGCCCAAUGGUCCUCCAGGGCCUCCAGGACCUCCAGGACCUCAGGGACCCCCAGGGAUUCCAGGGAUUCCUGGAAUUCCAGGAACAACUGUUAUGGGACCACCCGGUCCUCCUGGUCCCCCUGGUCCUCAAGGACCCCCUGGCCUCCAGGGACCUUCCGGUGCUGCUGAUAAAGCUGGAAGUAGAGAAAACCAGCCCGCCGUGGUGCAUCUACAGGGCCAAGGGUCAGCAAUUCAAGUCAAGAAUGAUCUUUCAGGUGGAGUGCUCAAUGACUGGUCUCGCAUCACGAUGAACCCCAAGGUGUUUAAGCUACAUCCCCGCAGUGGGGAGCUGGAGGUACUGGUGGACGGCACCUACUUCAUCUAUAGUCAGGUAGAAGUCUACUACAUCAACUUCACUGACUUCGCCAGCUAUGAGGUGGUGGUAGACGAGAAGCCCUUCCUGCAGUGCACCCGCAGCAUCGAGACGGGCAAGACCAACUACAACACUUGCUAUACUGCAGGCGUCUGCCUCCUCAAGGCCCGGCAGAAGAUCGCCGUGAAGAUGGUGCAUGCUGACAUCUCCAUCAAUAUGAGCAAGCACACCACCUUCUUUGGGGCCAUCAGGCUGGGCGAAGCCCCUGCAUCCUAGAUUCCCCCCAUUUUGCCCUCGCCCAUGCCCCUGCCCCAGGUUUGGGAGCCAGGACUCCCAGAACCUUUAAGUGCUGCUGUGUAGUGAGGUACAUUGGCAUUGCAGCCAGAGAGAAAUGCACCAGUGCUAUUUAUUCCCAAGUGAUUCCAUGCUGACAAGGCCUACUUGACUUUCCAGAAUGGCCUUAGUUAACAGAGAGUUAAUGGAGCCCCCAGGGUUUACAGGAAGCACAACUUUCUUUGGCUCCACAUUGACUGGCUUAAGGCAUAACAAUUCAACCCCGAGGUCCCUAUUGUCCAUUUUAUCAUUUGUUGCACUAACUUGAGGAUCCAGAACAGCAGGCCAGAGAAAGUGAAGGUGCCCUCCAGACUCUGGGGGUGACCAUCUGACCCCAAGGGGGCUGCAGCUUCUCCCUUGGCUAGGGCCGAGGAUGGGGUGGCGUUAGGUUGCAGUCUAACGAGAGUACUAGGGAGGGAAAAGAUAGACGAUUGGGGCAGAGACUGGGGGAGAAAGCUGCCAAGCAGGCGUCCUUGACAGUGGAAGCACUCUUGUUCCUCUGUGCUGUGACCUCCAGGAGAAUCGGAGAGCUCUUCCCACUCAGGCUGAGAGCCACACGGCGACGGCUAUCUGGGCUCCGGAGUCAGGAGCUUUGCUCUCCCUUGGAAUCAUCGCAGGAAUGGUCACAACCCUGCUUGCAUAAGACCCUGAAUCUGUGCUUGGGGCCUCAUGUCUCUCACUUUGUUUACAGCUAUGCUCUGUGCUCAGAAAACUCCCUGGGGCCCCCUCCCAACUGCCACCCCCCCAAGCCUGACUACAACUCCUCCCAUCUUCUUUCUCCACAGAGCCUACCUCUGUCUGAGACAGGUGCUUAACCUGGGACCUGUGCUCACAUGAGUCUGAAGUAGUCUUUAGCUUAUCGGAUACAAAGAGAAUUUUCCAUUUAUUAAGCAAGUGUUAUUCAUCUGAUUCCAAUCGAGCUGUGUCUGGAGGGAAGGGGUUGGACCAGAUGAUCUUCAAAAAUCCCUUCAAGGUCUAAUAAGAGGCAGCUGCCAUAAUCUUUGAAAUUCCCAAACCAGUGGUGACAAACCUAUGGCAUGUGGGCCACAGUGGGCUGUGCGUAUCACUGAAAACUCUAAAAGCUAUGCCAUCACCACCUUAGACUGGUUGGGCAGCAGCAAAGCAGAGCUUUUCUCCCUUGCCUGAAAGGACAAGAGGUGGGAAUCAGUGGGCAGAUUUGUCUUAAGUUUGCUGCAGCCCUAGUGAUCGUUAAGCCAGACUUUAUCUGCGAGGACAGCAGCUGGUGGCCUUCUGACCAAGUUUCUUCAGAAAGCCACGGCAGAGCAUCGUCACCGCAGAGACCUGUGCUGCUGCUCCCGGAGGCCAGGCUUAGGAGCAGCUGGAGGCUAGGCCCAGGCAGGGCUCUGCCCCUCUAGUUCAGUGCACACACAGCUUCCCUCACCCCCGAGCUUCCCACCUGGUCAUGCACUAGGAUCCUUCAAGUGUCUUACAAGCCAGCUUCCUAUGCUAGGUCUGGCCCAAAGCUGGGAUUGCCACCCUUGUACAGAUAGCUGAAUCUGCCAAGAACAAUAGGCCCUUCUUUCUGAGCUGUACCGUCCCUUUCUAAGCAACCACACUGGUCUUUCAAGGAUCAGGGCACAAGGCAGUGGGCCAGGCCUCCAUUGUCUGGUGGCUAAGGACAGCCUUGCAGCCCAAGAUGAAAUACACUUUGGGCACAGCUCCUGUAAAGUGCCUUUGACCAUCUGCAGCUGUAGCAGGAAAUGACAAAACUGCGCCUUAAAGCUUGCAAAGUACUUUCUGUUAUUUCCUUUGAGGAGGGCAGGACAGAGAUAGCUGAUGCCAUCUGCUGGCAUAUCUGAUGCCAGAGAUGUGUGAUGCUAAGCCGCGGCUCAGGGCACUCUCACCCAGUUUAAGUCACAAACGGGCUUCAGCCAGGUCUGAUACCAAAGCGGUUCCCUUACACCACAGCACUGUGUGGCAUGUGGGGUCAAGAGGGGGCUCAUCAGGGUGCUAUACAGAGCUAACAUCCCGAGAGUCCCAGGCAGAAACCCAAAGAUGCACAUUUUUGGUAUUUGAUGGUAACAACUGUCUCAAGGCUGCCAGGGGCUCUGUGGCAAAAGCAUCAGAUGUUUCUCUUCAAACGGCCAUCAGCCUUCGAGCUCUCGUGUUCAGAAGAAAGUUAUUGGAACUGUGUCCGAGUAGCAGGCCUCUGACCGCCCCAGGACUGGCGGCCUGCAUUUCUUUCACCUAUCCAGUGAAGCAAGUAGCUAUCGCUUGCGGGCAAGUUCCUUUCGUUCUCCUCCAGGCAGCUUCCAGGAGUCAGCUCACUUCUCGCCAGUACUAGGUAUGAGUCCUUAUCUCAUUUUCCAUCCCCCAGAGACCUUGUUACUACCAGGGCCUCUGGCGCCAGGGAUGGAGAGAAGACGUGUAAGAGAGGACUGGUUCUAAAGCCCAAUGGGUGUGAGGGGAGGGGACGAAAAGGCUUCCGAAUUGUCCCCCGAAAUGACGUUCUGACCCUCAGCCCUUUCUCCAGAAUGGCGGGGGCUAUGGGGGCAGUAGGGUUCCUGCUAGACCCCUCAUUUAUUUGGAGCCCUCCAAAGGAGCCCUAGAGGGAAAGGGAUAGUGAAGGAAGCAACGGGUAGCCCGGGAACCCUGCUGAGGCAAAGGCGGGGGCAAAGCGGUGAAGUGGUUUGCUGAUAGAGGACCGUGGACAUCGAUUUACAGUUUGCAAUUACGCUGAUGUAAGUUUACCAGUGGGCCAAGGCUAGCAUGGAGAGUGGGACAAGGACAUCUAUGGGUAAACAGAUGACAGAGGUUUAAGGGAGAAUUGCAUGCAGGGGCCUCUGCCAGCUGCUUGGGCUUCAACAGCCAAGCUGGCACAAAAGGCAGCUGUCGGAGGCUGCUGGGCUACUGGCUCCCUGGAAACUAGCGUUUGCUCUGUUUUCUCUUCAUCUAUCCUGACCCAAAUUUCUUUUGCUUAAAGGAAAGGGCUUGGUGGUGAGCAGAGACUUUGGUCCACGUGUUUUGUGUCGUUUCCAGCGGACGCAAAUGGAGUCAGAGAAAUUUAGAGUAAAGAGGGCUCCUAGAGGGAGUAUAACCCAACCUGCAUUCCACCCUGGAUUAAUUAGGUAGAAACUGAGGUUCAGAGAGGGAUGGUGGCCUGCUCAAGGCGGUGAGCACGCUGAGACCUCCAGACUCAGCAGACAGAAGGGGGGAGUAGGAAGUCCUUGUCCCGCAUAGCCCCUUAUUUCUUCCCUGCACAGACUCAAGGCUGGAAGUGUUUGGCCCCCUUCAGGAGCCUGGCCAGGCAGGGAGAGCAGCUGCAGCCUUUGUCAGAGCUCUGCUUCCUCCCAAGGCACUCACCUAGCUCUGCCUCAGGACAGGCCCGCUGCCAGGAAGUCCUUAGGCUACCCUAGUGCUCCCUCAGGUCCCCUGCUGACCCCAGGCCAAGCUAGCGUGAAGAAGGAACAUGGUAUUUCUUUUUAAUCCAUUUCAGGGCUCUCUCCAGGAGGGGUUGGGACGUGUCAUACCUAUUCAAAGAGCUUCCAGCUAGGAUAGGGUGGGGUGAACUUUGUUGUGAGAAUGGCCUGGAGCAGGCCCAAUGCUGCUUUUGGGGGUCAGCAUCCAGUGUGAGAUACUGUGUAUAUAAACUAUAUAUAAUGUAUAUAAACUGGGAUGUAAGUUUGCGUAAA